GAGAGAGAUUGAACUUUGAAGAGAGGCAAAAACCCACAAAGCCCCCUCCCCCCAAAAAAAAAAUGGCGAAUCAGAAUUAUGAUCUUGCCGCCUAUCUCACUUGCUUCCUUCUAUUCCUCGGAUUCGCUCAUUGCAACGACGAACUCUCUUCGUGCAACAUAUCGUUCGACACGAUGGACUACACGGUGUUCAGGAAAGGGUGCGGAGAGCUGAGGAACCCAGACGACCACGUGCCGCGGAAGACGUGCUGCGCGGCGUUCAUACUGUUCGUGUGCCCCGUGAGGGAGUACAUCAGCGACGAGCACUCGUUGUGCAUGAGCGACAUGGUGAUGAACAUUAAAAUGCGGUGCGGGCUGGAGUCGACCUACUUCUACAACUUCUGCCAAGCGAGCGUCGAGAAGCGCAUCGAUUGCGAGCCGAUCGACGAGAUCCGCCGCCGGAACGGUAAGAGCCCGCUCUACGUUCCUCCUCCUGGCGCCGCACGCGGCGACCACGGCACGUUUCCGGACCCCGAACUCCUCGACGAGACAGCCCAGUCGCUGGCCUCGCCGCCGCCGCCGGAGCCGUAGGUCCCCCAAAAAAAUCAAGCAGUAGCUAAACUACUUCAUGCGUGUAAUUUUAAAUUUUACAAUGGAGAACCGCGGUUCAAUAGUGAAAGAUAUUUCGGACCGAUAGCACAUUUGGUUCGAUUCUUUUUUUUCCCCAGUAUUUAUAAUUUAUGGAACCAAGAAACGCACCAUAUUGUUAUAUUCGAGUACUGUAUCCGUCAUGACCACGAAGGUACGCCCGACCGCGACCCACGUUGACUAAGUAUGGGGCGGGUAUGGGUAAAACGCUCAGUAAAUUGUUUGACGGGUAUGGAGCGGC